CUACGUUGUACAUUGUAUGUAUACGUAUAGAGUGGUUCCCUACUCUAUAAUACAUUGUUCAUGCGUGAUAGAAAAUAGGAUGACAGACUGACCGUUUGUGUAUACUAAACGUUUACAAGAAUAUUUUGGGUAAAUGCUUGGUGCUAAAGUAGUAAUAGACAAAUGUAAACGAUUUAUACAAAUAUAUGAAUUUCCAUACGAUUUAUAUAUGAAGAAAACCAUUUAUUACUCAGAUUUUACAGUUUUAUUAAUUAAUCAUGGGAAGCAAAGGAAUAGAAAUGGAUCAAAUUCUAGCCCAGAGGCUUCUCGUUGAAGGUGCUACAUUAGUUAUGCUGGAUGUACCUGUUGGCACAGAGUUUGGCAUUGAUUUAAAAUCAUGGAAUACAUUAGAUAGUUUUAAAGGGAUUAAAAUGAUCCCACCAGGAUUUCAUUAUGUACAUUAUAGUGCUGUAGAUGAAUUUGGAGAAGCAACACCUAAAGUUGGCUUUUUUCAUAUAUUUAAAAAGUCUGAAUUUCUAGUGAAACGUUGGGACGCAAAAGAAGAAGAUUUAAGUUCAGAAACUAUAGAAGAAGAAACGGUUGAAAGGUACAAGAGCAAUUUGAAAGAUUUAGAUAGAUUUCUAGGAUGUUACCCUUAUGAUAUAUGGAAACAAUGGAAGGAAUUAACAAAUCAUAUUACCCCUUCUCUUGUUGAACGUUGUUUACCCAUAUGUGGUUUUGUAAGGUCAGCAUUAGAAUUAGAAUAUUGCACUGAUGCUGCAAGACCAAGAGGUGGAGAAUCAAGUUCGAAAAGAAGAAGGAGGAGUGGAAUUACCAUAGAAGAGAAGGAAGAUGAGCUUCUUCCUGAUAUGAAACCUAAGCCUGGAACAGAACUUCGACUUUCAAAAAUACCUUGUAAGCAAUAUCCAGAUGGAGCAUCACCAACUGAGAUUACAAAGUAUUCUUUGGAUACGAGUUAUGCAUUGGAUACUGUUCUUAAGAAAUUGACACUUCCCAUAGAGAUAAUUGGUGAAAUGGAGUUGGCAUUUGUCUGUUUUCUUGUUGGACAAAGUUUUGAUGCCUUUGAACAUUGGAAGAAACUUGUAUCUCUUAUUUGUGGAGCCGAUUGUGCGAUAUCACAACGUCGCGCAAUUUACAUUGAAUUUAUGAAAGCAUUAGAAGUUCAAUUGAUGCACGUACCCGAAGACAUACUUUGUGACAUUGUAGCCAAUAAUAAUUUUGUUUAUCAUAAUUUACGCAAAUUGUUCGCAAAUAUUGAAAUGAAUUCUGAAUUAGAUGGACGUUUAAAAUCUUAUACAACGAGAUUUAGCGGACGAUUGUCUAUAAAAUUUUUGUGGGAUUUUUCUAAUUUGCAGGAAGAAACUGAAGAUGAAGCGCCGGUUGUUGUUUCGUUAGAAUAGUUGUAAAAUGUAUAAUAUAAAAUGUAUAUUCUUACUUCUUGUAUAUAUAGGUAAUGUUUAUAUAUAUAAAUAAGGAUUGAUAAAUACAAAUUUUCCUAUAUUUUAAAAUAACAACCAAUUUUAUUGUGAAGUUAAGUACAUCUUACAGAGUAUUAGGUUAAAAUAUUUCAAUUCGCCUCGGGUAUAUUAAGGUAAUAAUGAAUACUUCUUCAAGUAUUUAAUGAAUAUUCAGUCUGGCUGAAAAGUAAAUUGAAGACAUUACAUCGCGUUUGAUAUCAUUAUAUUAUAUUAUAUAAUACUAUAUAUAAAAACUUUCAGUAGGAAAUAUAUUGCCAAUUAUGACAUAACCGAUUGAUAUUUAAUUAAUAUGUACCGGAUAUGAUGUUUGGGUGAUGUAUUCGCACUGGUCAGUUAUUUGGUUCCGGAUCUGCAUCAGCUUCACGACGAAGGCGCUGAGGAGAGUUAAAAUCAAGUUUAAUCAAACAACCCUACUAUCGACAGUUAUCAUAUAAACGAUUGAUAUCUAAUUAAUAUUUACCGGAUGUGGUGGACGUGGUGGUGGAAUGUACACUGGUCGGUUGCCUGGUUCCGGUUCUGGAUCAGCUUCGCGACGAAGGCGCUGAGGAGAGUUAAAAUCAAAUUUAAUCAAACAA